UACAAGAGAACUGUUGCCGAUAAGUUGCACUGAAUACAAAAUUUAAAGUUUUCUUUCACAUGUUUUCGUAAUAACUGGAAAUUUUAAAGGAAAAACUGCGUUAAAUAAUUAACUGUCAAGUUCUAAUGGUGUGAAAUCUGUGAAAAUAAUUGCGAAAAAAAUUUGGAAUGCAGGAAUUAUGAAAUAAAGCCGAAUAUGUGUUAAUAAGUGAUAUACGUGGUAUAUGUACAUACAUACACUUGUAUAUAAAUUUUGUGUAUUGGUAUACUUAAUGUGCUCUUGAAUUAUAAAUAUAUUAUGUGUGCAUAAAGAAGUAAAAUAAGUUGAAGUGAUUGUGAAACCGCAAAUUGGCAAAAACUCUGAAAAUUUGGUCUAAAUACACACAUACAUAUGUACAUGUGGAUGUGUUUUCGCAAAUCAACAUACCUCAACGUACAUAUAUGGGCUAGUGUUGUUGUUUUUUUAAAGUGAUUUACGAAUACAAUCAGUCAGGGUGAAUCCUGAUCAACAAGAUAAAUAUUUGAAUAUAUUGAAAUAAAAAAUAAAAAUAAAAUAUAUAAAAAUUGAAAGGCAGUUGAAGAUACAUUAAAGGAUAGAACGCACACGGCAAAGUUCGCAAUUACUCGAAACAUAAAUAAUUGUGUGGUAACCCAUUACCGAGGACAAACACAAAGGCCACGCAAUCGGUCUUUGUCUCGAAAGACGAAAAUUCUUGUCUUGGCCGUCGAACGUUUCGCAGUAGGAAGACGUCCGCACUAACCAACGGUACAUUUUAAGCGCCGGUCGCAACCGCAUACCCCGAAAGAGCUAUACAUACACUCAUACACAGUAGUAACAAAGCCUUCACCCACCAGAGAUAGAAUACUUGUGGCGAGCACAUAAGAUCUCCCUCGAACGAGAUGGAUGAACAAAGAGAAGAGCCAACCCAGCAACAACAACAACAGGAACAUAGUGGCACUACAACAUUCGUCAAUCAAUCUUCAACAACGACGGCACAAGCUCAGCCACACGACGAAGACGCUUGGUGGUGGGAAGUGGAGAAUGGUGAUUUGAUUUUAGACCUCGUGCCAAAUAUUGACGCGACGUCGAGUAGUGAAAGUGAAAAUAUCAACAACAGCAAUAGCACCAAUGAACUGUCAUCAGACUUUGUUUCGUUGUUGAAGAGCGGCGAAACCACUAACGUGACAUUGUUGGCGAACAAUACAAAUGCCAGUGAUGGCAAUGCUGAUAAUGCGAUUGCUGAAAGUAUUGAUGUAGCUGCAAGCCUUAACAAGCAGUUGGCCGAGAAAACGCAGUCUGACACUGUAGAGGUAGAAAAUAACGACGCAACUUAUCGCUUACCCGACUCACAUGAUACAGUCGUACCCAGCCAAGCAGGUGCACGCGAACAAACUCUCGAAGAAUUCAAAGAGGAAUUGCGCAUUAAACGGUUAGCUCGUCAGACGGCUGUGCAAGACUUACGCGAUGAGAUUGCCACAUUGCGUCGACAAUUGGCUGAGGAGCAGGAGCUAACACGUCGUUUACGUCGGAAUAAUGCUGUCGAGCUGUCCAGCACUGAAGUGGAAGUGUCGACGGUCGUCGAUGAAGAAGGUGCUAUAGGUGGUGUCACUCGUGCUGAACCCGAUUCCGAUGAUGAGGAUCCACAAAGUCGUGGACGUCAUGCCAAUAUUGAGCUAGCUAACGCACAGCUUGCACUCCAGAUGGCUAAUGCGGAGAAUCUGUCACUGCGCACGGAAAUGGGGGUGGUACAAAAACAAGUCGGCACAUUGAAGGAAGUUAUUGCCUGUUGCAAGCAAAUGCUAAGUGUAAAGGAGGAGCAGUGUGUACAGCUUAAAACUAAAUUAGAUGAAAUCGAAACGGCAUUCGGAGAACGUGAAUUGAAAAUCAUGUCGAGCAAUUUGAGACAAGAAUAUGAACGGCAACUGGGCAAUAUACGACAACUGCGUCAAUUGUACGAGGAACGGCAGCGCAUCGCUUUGGCAGAGCAAGAGAAUUUGCAGCGUUUAAUUUCGAUAAAAAGAGACGAAUUGGUGGCGGAACAGCAAAAAACGAAAAACUUCGAAGAGCAUAAUCAAACAUUGAUGAAGGAAAUUGAAAGCGCAAAUAUAGAAUUGGCAACAUUGCGCGAAGAAUGCAAUGAACACAAGUUCGAGAAGAAAGCACUCAAAGAGGAAAUGGGCACAGUCAAUACGCUCUUUAGCCAGAUGGUGAUGGGCUUCAAUGGCGAGAAUAACUUGGAUAUUGAUCGACUGACGACAAUGUUAGAGGAGAACCGCGGCUUGCUCAACGACAUGGCAACCAAGGAAGCAAAUUGCACCGAUGGCGCAACGUUGCCAAAAUUAUUAUUCGAAUUAGUUGAAGAGGCGGGAAUGACUGGCAAGUCCGUUGAGGACAAUCGUAGCCCAACGCCUACGUCAAUUGUUAACACCAGCGCUGACGAGGAAGAAUACAAACUGCAUAGAGAUACACCCGACCAUGGUGCACGUCAUGAAAGUGAAGAAAUGGCGUCCGCUGACACCGCGCAACUGGACGCUGCAGCGGCAGCCGACCGCGACAAUACCAACUGUAAGACUGAAAAAGCUGGCACUGCUGUUGCCACAGCCACUGCCACUGCAGCCGCUUGGUGCGGUAGAAAACAUCAUCGUAAAAGUGCCGGCAACCGGAUGAAAUUACCAGCAGCCACUGCCGCAACAGACUGCACUGCAACGGCAACUGCUGCAUUGAAAACCCAUGAACCAGAAGUUAUGAGUAAAGUUGCAACGACACAAGAAAUUAUUGGUAACUUGCCGAAAGUUUGGAAAGUGCUAAUGGAGCUCUUAAGUCACCACAAAAUCGAGCGGGUGCAAUUUGAGGAGCAUGGCGCCAGCGAGGAUUGCUACAAAUCCGUUGAGACGGCCAAUGGACCAAAGGCGGAACUGAGCGUCAGCAAGACAUAUAUUAAGUUAAAGGAUCUGAUAUUGGAGAAAAAAUCCUUGGUCAAAGAAACGAAUCGCUUGAAAACCUUAAAUUGCCAUCUUGAAUAUCGAUUGAACGAGCAAGAGAAGCGCUUAAGUGCCGUUAGUUUGGAGUUGACAAAAACUUGGCAUUUAGUUGGCAAAAUGCAACGUCAACAUCGUCAGCUGCACACACAAGAGCAAAUAUUGCGGUAUCAAUUGCAGCAAAAGCGGCGCUUACUAACCGAACUGAAAGACGAGUUGGAGUAUUGUCGGCGCAAAUGGGCGGCCGCACGUGCCAAAAACGAUGAGAGUCAAGAGCAGUGGAAUGAUUUACGACGCGAAUUUGCAUUACGAAAACUAGAGCAUGCCAGCAAUUCAGCCGAAAGCGGCUACAGUGACUCAGGUCAGGCUUCGGAUGAGGAAAUAGUAGUCGCAGCGCCUACAAAUUUAACCUCUGACGUUGAGACGACAACUUCAAAUGGUGCAGGUGGAGGUGGUGGCUGCGUUGGUGGAGUUGGAGGAGCGGCUGCAGCAUGUAGGCGUAAACGUUUGAAGGAAAUGUUCGAACAUUCGCGCAAGAUAAAGCGCAUGCAAAGCACUUCGCCCGGACGUGCAGGUGAUGGUAGCGCUGAGAUAGUGUUACGCUGGAAUAGUGCGCCACCAACCUGUGGUUGGCGUGACAGCAGUGAGGCCAAUCCAGGCAUGGCCGACGUGUACUGCGAUGAAGAUAAUAAUGCUAGCGGAGGUGAUAGUGAGUUUGCCGGUGCAGUCGAUUUGACAGGUGUAUCCGCAGCCAGUCGCGGCGCUAUACCAAAGAAUAUUGUUGUACGCAAUAGACACCAGAGCAGAAGAGAUGCUGUGGACGGGGAGGGAACUGACGUAGUCGACGUGGGUGGCUCGCGAGGAGAACGAGCCGAACGUAUACAAAGGCUGGAGGAACAGUGUAAAACGUUGAUCAAGCGUGUACUUGAGACAUCUGAUAAUCGUGAGCGGUUAGAAGUGCAGCUGCGUAGUUUUCAGGAUGAGAUCGCACCGGUGCAAUAUGCGGUGCCACUGAGUGAUUUCUUUAAAAAGAAACGUAUUGAACGUAUGACUCGCGCAAGUUCUGUCCCUGUUACUGGUACUCUUACGCCGAGAGAAGAAGAAUAUACGCGUAAGCGCUCAGAACGAUUAGGUCGUUUGGAGGAAGAGAGCCGCCAGCUGUUGUCACGCAUUAAACGUACGUCCGAUCGGGGCCAUUAUCUGCGUUGUUCUUUGGAUCGUUUGCGACGUGGACCCAGUCGUGAGGGAAGUUUCGAAAGUAAUACGGAGGAAGAAUCUAGCAAAAUUGAAGAAAAACCAACAUCUUCUAAGCUGAAAAUGUUACAAGAAGACAAGCAAAUGGAUGAUGCAAAAACUAAGGCCCAAGAAGCGAAUGAAAUAGAAGAGCCCGAACCACAGAUAAAUCUGAACCCCUUGACAGAGAAUGAAGAAGCUUACACGGCCCGACGUUCGGCGCGUCUACAACGUUUGGAAAAUGAGAGCAAAGAAUUAUUAAAUAGACUCUCGCGCAAUAAUGAACGUGGUCAGCAAUUAGGCAAUAAGUUAGAUGCAUUGCAUGAACAUCACUUCGAUGUGCAUACGAAGCUGGUGGAGGAAGCUCCAGUAAAUAUAUCAUUACCACCUGCAGUUCCGAAGGUUAGUAUUGAGCAACGUUUAGGAAAUAUCGAACAAAUAUCAUCCAAUCGUAUGGAACGUCUACGCAUUCUCGAGGAAGAGGGCAAAGAGUUGCUUGAUCGAUUAGCUGGCACGUCGGCGCGUGGUACGGAGAUGAUCAAUCGCAUAGCUGCGCGUGAGCAAAAUCGCCAAGCAACUGCAAUGGAAAUGGCUGAUAGCGAAAUACCGGUUACCCCCACCACAGAUAAAGUGUCCGAUCCCGAAGAUGAGUUUGCGGCGGGUAUGGAGGCAUCAGCGGUAGCAUCCGUCUUGCCUACGUUCAAUAAUGUCGCAUGUUCUAGUAUUGUGUCGGAGGAGUUGACGGAUCGCGUUACAGUUAUUACAACACCCAGUCAAAUUGCUGCGAAACGGGGCGCUAUUCCAAAGCAACCGCGUACGAAACCUGCCGGCUUGGUGUUGAAUGCUGAAAUACGCGCCAAGGCUGCGAACAAUAAAGAGCAGAAACAAAAACAAAACAAACAGACAGAUGGUGAAAGUUUGGAGGAUAUGGUAAGGCGUCUUCAGCAAACGCCAUAUCCGGAGGAACAAAGCGUUGUGAAUGAAAGCGUUGAUAAACUAGAAAAAGAAGAAAACGGUGCGAGCGACAUCAAAGAAGAUGGAACUGAAAAAGAAAAUCCCAACCAAUGUGGAACCACGGAUUAAAAUUCAGAAUUAAGCAAUGUCAUUAUAAACUUUUGGAAUGGCUGCGAGCCGCGAGUAACAAAUGUGAGACCAUUUAGUCUAAAGGAAGGAAAGUUGUUUAUUACUUAUCGAUAUGGGUCCAGUAAAGUCCAUAACGUUGGCGCUCUGUUUUGGAUAACGGUUCAAUAUAUAACAUAUUUCAGAACAAACUACUAUUGACUAUUCUAUGACAUUGAAUAUUUUAUUUAGCACAGUACAAAUUAUACAUACA